AUGCCAAUAAUAUAUCUUAAAUCAUGCAACAGAUAUAAGGAAUCAAUUUCAAAAGGUACACGGGGCCUUAAAGAGAAGUUACUUGGCCAUAAUGUCUCAGUAAAAGAACUAAGUAAAGGUGUUCAGCGUGAGAUGAAUGCAGGCAUUGCUGGAGUUGCACGAAUUAUUGAACGCCUUGAUCUUUCAAAACGGUCCAGUUCUCCUAUCAUUCCGGUCCAUAGUGAGGGAACUUCAGCCUUCCCGAAAGAAGGGAUGAAGUAUGUUGGAGAGAAUGGCGUUGGGGGUUCCCCCAGUAAAGAGAGUGGAGGUGCUGUUGGUGAUGUUAGUUCAGAUGUUCCCCCACUUGUCACUAACAUGCAAUCUUUUCGAAUGGAAAUUUCUCCAUUUGUUCAGGGUGGACAUGAUAAGCUAUGA